AUGACGCCAUUCCUUGCCGGGGGCCUCCUCCUCCUCAUCGCCUUCCUCCUCACGCGCCUCUUCAACUCCAAAUCCAAGCGCACCUCCAACGCCAUCUCCGCGGCCAACGCAAACCCCAGCGAAAUCAUCUCCCUCCGCGUCUACCCCAUCAAGUCCUGCCGCGGGUUCGAAACAACCUCCACAAAGCAAUGCAUGACAGGCCUCGACCUCGACCGCCGCUGGAUGCUAGUCGACGAGAAAACCCACGUCUUCCUGACAAUCCGGCAGAUUCCCGAGAUGACGCUUAUCAACACGGGGCUUAGCCAGGAUGGGGAGUCCCUGGUUCUUUCUGUGUCAGGGUCCGAGAGUAUCGCGAUCCCAGCGCAUCCCUCGGAAUCCUGGUUAAAGGCGCACACGACCCUAGCGGACGAUAUCAAGAUUUGGGAUACGACGACAGACGGAUACGUGUAUAACCCCGACGUUGGCGUCAACGCGCUCUUCUCGAAGUUCCUGAACCGCCCGGUUGCCUUGGUCUACAAGGGUCCCACGCCGCGUGUUCUGAAAGGAAACGGAGACCCACGGGUCCUAGGACGCGUGCAAGACACGAAUUUCCCGGACGUCCUGCCCGUGCUUAUUGCAUCGCAGGCGUCGAUCGAGGAGCUAAAUAGUCGGCUCAGAGCCCAGGGCCACGAGGAAAUCAGCAUUGAGCGGUUCCGGCCGAACAUCAUUAUCCGGGGCCACAAGGGCGGCGCGUGGGUUGAGGAUUCGUGGAAGACGGUGCGGAUUGGCGCGGAGCCUCCUUCUGAAGAGAGUCUUGAGAAGGGGCAUGGGAAGGAAGGUCUGACGUAUGAUAUUGUGGCGAGGUGUGGGCGGUGCCAGGUUCCUAAUGUUGAUCCUGUGACUGCGGAGAAGCAUAAGACGCAGCCGUGGGAUACGAUGAUGAGUUAUCGGCGCGUUGAUGCGGGGUUGAAGUAUAAGCCUUGCUUUGGGAUGUUGGGGGUGCCCAGGGCCGAGGGGGAGAUUAGGGUUGGGAUGCGGUUUGAGGUUUUGGAGGAGACGAGCGAGCAUUUUUAUAUCAAGGGUUUUUAG